GGAGAAGGGUGCGAGCAGAGGUGCUCAGGGCCAUGGCUGAGGCCAUCACCUAUGCAGACCUGCGGUUUGUGAAGGCUCCCCUGAAGAAGAGCGUCUCCAGCCGGUCAGGACAGGAGGCUGAUGAGGAUGAGGAACUCACCUACGAGAAUGUACAAGUGCCCUCAGGCUCAGUCUCAGGUGGGCCCUUGAGCUUGGCCUCUUCUGGAGUAGGGGACAAAGCAGACUGGAGUAGCCACCGGUCCGCAAGGCUCCAGGCGGAGCAGCCAACUGCGUCCUGGAGCUCCGUGGCGUCACCAGCUGCCGGGAGGAUUCUCACUGGCCGCGCAGCCUGCACGCUGUACCUCUUUCUUGGCCUGCUCCUCGCCUGCCUGCUGUUAGGGGUGGCCGCCAUCUGCCUGGGAGUGCGCUAUCUGCAGGGAUCUCAGCAGCUCCAGCAGAUGAACAGUGUUCUGGAAGCCACUAACAGCAGCCUGAGGCAGCAGCUCCACCUAAAGAUAACCCAGCUGGGGAAGAGGGAAGAGGAUCUGCAGGGGUCCAAGAGGGAACUAGCCCUGAGUCAGGAAGCACUACAGGAGGAACAGAGGGUUCACCAGGCUACCCAAGAGCAGUUACAGGCCUGCCAGUCUGACAGGGAGAAGACCAAGGAGGCCUUGCAAAGUGAGGAGGUGCAGAGGAGGACCUUGGAGCAGAGGCUAAGCCGGAUGCAGGAUACAAUGAAGCCCUUGUUCACAUGCCCCUUAUCAGAUACCUGCUGUCCCUCAGGAUGGAUACUGAAUGAGAAGAGUUGCUUUUACAUCUCACUUACUGCAAGAACUUGGGAUGAGAGCCAAAACCACUGUAAAUCUCUGUCCUCUGACCUGGCCACCUUCAAUGAGAUUUAUUACUCAAGUAAUUAUCUCAACAGUGCGAGGAAGAUGUUGACAGAAGUUAAUCCUCCUGGUUCAUUUUGGGCUAUCUCCAGCUAUAUUAAGAUGCGGCAGCAGGCUGAUAGUAAAAAAUCCUCUGGGUCUUAUGGUCGAAGCUCAAGAUGUUACAAGGUACAAACCAGUUGGCCAAAGGGGCAGCAGGAGGACUGCACUUCUCAUCUUCCCUGCAUCUGUGAGAUGGCAGCUUUUGGGAAUCCAGAUAAGGACUACUCUUUGCCCUGAGUUGGGUACAUGUGCCAACAAGAGCCUGUGCCCCUCACCUGUAACUGCAGCCUGCAGGCCCUAAGAUCAUCUCCCUCUAAUGUUCUUUCACUCUUCUGUGGGCAGUGCCCAGGCAAGGGCUGAUCCAUGCCCAACACUUCUAGCCAGCCUGCCGCCUGCUUGAAAUCCCGUCCCAGAAACUGGACUGUUCCUGGGGAAGUGGGUGAAGAAGUCUCUAGAAGAGAUUUUGGC